AUGGCCGAAGUCAUCAUCAUCGAAGAUGAGGUAAAGGCCCAACUGCAGGCGCUGAAGAGCACCAAGGCAGCGGGACCCGAUGAUAUUCACCCGGCUAUCCUGAAACCGCUGGCUGAGGUGCUUGCUGCACCACUA